AUGGCGCCCAAGGGAGAAAAGAAACCAGCGGAGAAGAAGCCCGCAGAGAAAGCAGCGGUAGAGAAACCUAAGGCUGAGAAAAAGAUCCCAAAGGAUGCAUCCUCCACAGACAAGAAGAAGAAGAGAAACAAGAAGAGCGUUGAGACCUACAAGAUGUACAUCUUCAAGGUUCUUAAGCAAGUUCAUCCUGACAUCGGUGUCUCCAGUAAAGCUAUGGGGAUUAUGAACAGCUUCGUCAACGAUAUCUUCGAGAAGCUUGCUCAGGAGUCAUCUAGACUCGCUCGCUACAACAAGAAACCAACCAUCACUUCACGGGAGAUUCAGACUGCUGUUCGCCUUGUUCUUCCCGGUGAGCUUGCUAAGCAUGCCGUUUCUGAGGGAACUAAAGUCGUUACCAAGUUCACCAGCUCCGAUUAG